GUGCCGUUGGCGGAAGCUUUUCAAUUUUUUUGAAGAUCUCCGGGCAUAUAAAAAACGGCGGCUGCGGGUCCUCGAUCUCCGUAAUUCCAAUUCUCCGAGUCCGGGCCUCCGGGGCUUUGUAAACCACAACAACAAAAACCCUGUCCAGUCCAGCCCAAGAAGGCAAGAACAAUUAAGACGUUUCGAUUUUCAUUUCCUUACGGAAACCCUAAAUUCGGAAUAUGCAGGCCUGAAAGUUCUCUCUUUCCAUGGCACCAUUUCUAAGGCUUCGCACUUCCCUCAAUGUAUUGCAGGGAACCAUCAUUUUUCGUUCCCGGACUCUAGGAGGUUUUGGACGAGGUGUGCGGAGCUAUACUGCAAUUUCAUCCCCUGAGCAAGCCUUGUUAAAGCUUGAGGAGGAGAUUAGGCGAAUACAGACUGGUAAACUUUCUCAAGAUGAUGAAAUAGUGCAGAUUCGGCACCAAUUCGAUGCUGCCAAACAGAGUUUCCUCUCCAUUCCGGAGGCACUGAAGGGUAUACCCAAGAUGAAUCCAGAAGGUAUAUAUGUCAAUAAAAAUCUGAGAUUGGAUAGUAUUCAAGUUUAUGGAUUCGACUAUGACUACACUUUGGCACAUUACUCAUCUGCCUUACAAAGUUUAAUAUAUGAUCUUGCUAAGGCGCAUAUGGUUAAUGAGGUUGGUGUGGACCUACUUAUGUUAUUUGUUUUUCACUUCUCCUUUGUGGGAUUUUGUUAUAAAUGUUCUCUGUUUAACUGCUUUGUGUUGAUGCUGUUGCAGUUAAAAUAUCCUGAGAUAUGCAUGAAAUUUAAGUAUGAUCAGAGUUUUCCAAUUAGAGGACUGUACUACGAUAAGAAGAAUGGAUGCCUCUUGAAGUUGGAUUUCUUUGGGUCGAUUGAGCCAGAUGGAUGUUACUUUGGUCGUCGCAAGCUGAGCAAGGAAGAAAUAGUGGAGAUAUAUGGCACACGGCAUAUUGGCCGUGACCAGGCGCGUUGUCUUGCCGGCUUGAUGGAUUUUUUCUGUUUCAGUGAGGCUUGUCUGAUUUCAGAUAUUGUUCAAUAUUUUGUUGAUGCUAAGCUGGAAUUUGAUGCAUGCUACAUCUAUGAAGAUGUUAAUCGUGCAAUUCAGCUUGUUCACCGCAGUGGUUUGGUCCACAGGGGAAUUCUUUCUGAUCCCCAUAGGUAUUUAGUAAAAAAUGGUCAGGUUCUUCGCUUUCUCAGAAUGCUAAGGGACAAGGGGAAAAAACUUUUUUUGAUGACUAACUCUCCAUAUUAUUUUGUGGAUGGUGGGAUGCGUUUUAUGUUGGAGGAUUCUAUCGGAUAUGGUAACUCUUGGAGGGAACUGUUUGAUGUUGUGAUUGCUAAAGCCAAUAAGCCGGAGUUUUACACAUCCGAGCAUCCAUUUCGCUGUUAUGACACAAGGACGGACACUCUAGCUUUUACAAAGGUGGAUGCAUUUCAUUCAGACAAAGUUUAUUAUCAUGGAUGCCUUAAAUCCUUUCUCCAAAUUACAAAAUGGAAGGGUCCAGAGGUAAUAUAUUUUGGGGAUCAUCUAUUCAGCGAUCUAAGGGGACCUUCGAAGGCUGGUUGGCGCACUGCGGCAAUUAUUCGAGAACUAGAACAUGAAAUAGAUAUACAGAACGAAGAUAGUUAUCGUUUUGAACAGGCGAAAUUUCACAUAAUACAAGAACUGCUUGGUAAAUUGCAUGCGACUGUAGCCAGUAGCCAGGGAAGCAAAACAUACCUCUUACUACUGGAUGAGCUAAAUGAAGAGAGGCAGAAGGCACGCCUAAUGAUGAAAAGCAUGUUCAAUAAAAACUUUGGAGCCACUUUCCUCACUGAUACUGGUCAAGAAUCUGCUUUCUCCUAUCACAUUCAUCAGUAUGCUGAUGUUUAUACGAGUAAGCCAGAAAACUUUUUGCUCUAUCCACCUGAAGCAUGGUUUCAUGUGACCUAUGAUGUCAAGAUCAUGCCACAUCAUGUGAAGGUUCCAUCACGUUUUUUUGAAAAUCGAUAGAUGAAAAUCGUCGCUGAAGAUAGUAAAUUGGCCAGGCCAGGGUGUCUGCACUCAUAAUCAGACAUGCCAAUAGGGUUUUUGUCAAAUUCUUUGUAAGUUGCGUCUCUGCUACUUCCACUUUGUAAAUCUAUGAGUUGCAUUUUGCAGUUGCAAAAUAUAAUUCUUACAUGUACGUGUACAUCAGAGAUUACAAUUUGAAAGCAAGAAAAUAAAGAUAAAGGAGAUGGGCUAAA